AUGCAGAAGGCGUGCAAUGCGCGUGCAGCACAUGAGACAAACUCAGAGGCACGAGGCAGAGAGAGGAAAAACUUUUCUCUUCUUGCCGUCACGCUGGAAUCUGCGGAAAGCGAGAAACGCAAGGUGGGCAAGACCGCAGAGGACCAGUCAGCCCCCGACAACCUCCCAGGGUCCCGCAACAACCCCGAGAAAACCACCCCCGCGAACCGCAAACGUCCCGGUCAGAACAACCAGGAGCGCCCACUCAUACCUAGCUUCAACAUCCUCGACAGCCAAGGCAACCCUACCCCGCUCACAUUAGCCGACCUAGACGACCCCAUGCCGGAGCCAGACGACGUGUUUGGAAGUGGAGGCGGGGGAGGUGGAGGGGAGAAACGAGGGGAUGAAAUGAGCACAGACGGCACGGACAAGCGCCCCGUGAAGAACAUCCCAUUCGUCUUUCCAACGCGGGACCAGUUCCUGGCCCGCAACCCAGAAUUCAGGGGAAUGAACCCCCACAAAAUCCUCCCUGCAUACACUCCACCAGACCCAGAAGGCCCGAACGACCUGACGCGCGAGCAGACGUAUGCUCCGAAUAAUGGCGAGUACCCGGCGGCGGUAAUCUCAGCAGAUGAUAUCCUCGAGAACGUCCAUCCGGCAGUCGCGGACCCCAUCCGCAAGGAACCCAGCAAACACUUGGCGGUAGUGGUAUUCCUCGGUGGCUGGCUCGCGGCCAACGCGUAUAAAGGCAUGUCGACGAUAAUCAACAAGGUUAACGACUAUCUCACUCGGGGAGGCAUCAUCCGCGAGGGCGACGUCCGGUUCUUCCCCCUCACGGCAAAAAUCCAGACACCCUACGCAGGCCCGUAUACACCGCCAUUCGCCUUCGGGGCCAAGAUUCUGAACGAGGCGGUUCGCGAGGUGCUGCUGGGCAUCAAUGUAUUCCCCUUCCUCGACGACCCCGACAAACUCACAGUCCGCUUCGUGGAGAUCGACCUAAAGGCCAUGUCGUGGGCAAUAGGCAUAUUUCACCCAGAGAUCCAAGGGGGAGACUCCGAGUCGGCGGAGAUCCUGCGCUGGGGUAUAGCCGAGUUUGCCAGAGACGACAAGCCAUUCAGACUGGCUUUUCAGCGUGCCACGGGCCACAUGAGCACGGAGCCCUUCAAUGAACGAAUCCUCAAGUUCCUGAGGACAAUUGAAGCACGCUAUGACGAGAGGCACAACCUGUGGAAGGUUUACGGAAAGCCGCCAACCGACAGCAUAAACGGGUGGGAGCUUAUAUGUGCGCACAUCCGAGUUCGGCGCUUCAUAGGCCCAACCAAUGCAUUUGACCCGGCCACAAAGGCGAGACAAACUGUCUCGACCGGACAACCCAUCCUGUUCGAACAGCUACGCCGACUCGAAACUGAAAUGCCGUGGUGCUCGAUCUGCUCAAAUAACGACCACCUAUACUGGUGCUGUGAAUUCCCGAACACCGCUGACUGGCCGGGCCCCACUGUCCUGAUCAAGGACAUGAAGACCCCGACGCUGAACCGUGGAGCACUCCCAAACGACGCGGGACCCAGACAAAACGCGCAUAGCCGGGGCCAGACACCAAUCGCAAUCAAGCCGGAGCAGCCAGUGAAAAAGGGUGGUAAACCGCAGAGGGGCGGACGCUGA